CUUACAAGAUCAACACGAGAAACCGAAAAUGGCGGUGACAUACGGCUACAGUGGUCUGUGUAAUGCUGUAGGAUAAGAUUUGUUUUGGUAGAAACAUCGGUUGUUUAUAUUUUGUGAUGGAUCAUGGUAUAGGUCACGUUGAAACCAAUUAAACACUGAAAUGGCACACUUUUAAUGCAUGCACAACUGGGGAAUUAUAUCAUAAUCAACAGACCUACGAAAUCAGGUCCUUUGAGAAUACCGGACAGCGGGCGUGUCAAUACAUCUUCAGCAUGGAUGAGGAUGCCCUUAGGGGUCUGAGUCCUGCUGCAGACCCACAGACUCAAGCCAGGGCUUUGCAAUAUUUCGAGCAGCUGAAGUCUGUCGGCGAUGGUUGGAAACUUUGCGCCGAAUCCUUUAUGAAUCCACACUACAGUAGCAAUGACCAUGUUCGUUUCUUCUGCUUACAAGUUGUGGAACACUUCCUGAAGGAAAGGUAUGCAAGUGUCAACAUUGAAGACCAGCAGAUGAUCCGCAACAUGAUAGGUCAAUAUCUACAGCUACAGGGAUCCUCUUCUGCUGCCGACAGGAGUUUCAUCAGGAAUAAGAUGGGACAGGUGAUAUCACUGGCAUUUAUUGUGGACUACCCUCACCGCUGGCCCAGCUUUUUCUCCGACCUGUCCCAGGCUCUCACCCCCAGCCCCCAUUUAGUAGAUAUCUACCUGAGAAUCUUUCUAGCCAUAGACAGUGAAGUAGUGGACCGUGACAUUGUCCACACCAACCAGGAAAUCCAGAGGAACACUUUGAUUAAAGACACCAUGAGGGAUCAGUGUAUACCCCAGUUAGUGGACACUUGGUACCAGAUCAUGAUAACCUACCAGACCAGCCACCCAGAGGUGUGCUGUAUGUGUCUGGAGGUUGUGGGGAAGUAUGUGUCCUGGAUAGACAUCAACCUCAUCGCCAACGACAAGGUUGUGGCUGCCCUGCUCCGCUUCAUGUCUCAGCCUCUGCUUCGGGAGAGUGCCUGCGACUGUAUCCUGGACAUCAUCAACAAGGGCAUGGACUCCAUUGCCAAGACCAAACUGGUGGAGUCCUUCACCAGUGUUCUGGAGAGCCAGGGGAUUCUUUCCCCACCAGAGGAUGAGGAAGGUGACUUCAUGGCCAAAUUGUCAAAGCUCAUCAAUGGUAUUGGAGUCAACCUUAUUAUUAGCUGGCAAAAACUGUCCAAAACUGGAGACACUGAGGCUUCAGAAAUGGCUCUGCAGGCCCUGGAGAAUAAAGUUCCACUCAUGUUUCGUUUCCUUGGUGAUGAAGAUGAUGAUGUUUCCAGUGGAGUGACACAGUUCUCACAAGACUACAUAGCUCUCCUCAAACAGAUGAAACCCAUCAGUCAAAAGCAGCGACAGAACAUGGAGGGCCUGUUGUACACAGUGAUAAAGAAGAUGAAGUAUGACGAGUCCUACAACUUUGAACACGAGGGAGAGGAAGAAGCCAUGUUUCAGGAGUACAGGAAACAGCUGAAGACAACCUUCAACAAUCUGGCUGCAUUAGACAGUGACCUGGUUCUGCUGACGGUACAUACAUAUGUGACCCAGACGCUGCCUCAGUGGGAGGAACGUGACGUGUGUGACAUUGAGAUUGCGAUCCUCCUCCUGUACACACUGGGGGAGGCCCUGCCUGCUACACAGGGACAACAUUUCAGUGGGGAAUCCAACAAGGUGACCGCCCUACAGGAAAUGAUGAGACUGUUGGUAACCAGCAGAGUCAGCUGUCAGGGACACACAGCUGUGGUUCUCCAGUUUUUUGAGACGGUUGUGCGAUAUGACAAAUUCUUCAACUGUGAACCUCAGCACAUUCCAGACACUGUGAUGGCCUUCACCGAUGAGCGAGGGUUUCGCCACCCCUCAUCACAAGUCAGGAGCCGGACAUCCUAUCUCUUCUCCAGAUUUGUCAAGUCACUCAGCAGAUCACACAUGCAGCCAUUCCUGGAGGACAUUCUGAAGCGUAUCCAGGGUCUACUGGUGAUUAACACCCCUGACAACGGUUACCAACAGCUGAUGUCUGGGGAGGACCAGCUCUUCCUUUACGAGACCGCUGGGAGUCUAAUCGUCAACAGCUCCCUGCCAGCGGAGAAAAAGCAGGAGUUGAUGAAGCAACUCCUUUCACCAAUCGCCACCAAAUUUGAAGGGUUGCUUGCGAAGCUUGAAGCAGAAACAGAUGAGCGUAAAAAACUGGCCUACGCUCACAGCAUCAACACAGCAACAGCUCUUGCUAGCCGUGUAAGCAAGGGCUUCUCCAACUCUCAGACAAUGCAGUUGUGUGGCUGCUCGGAUACAUUCACCCACUUGCUUCGCAUCUUCCUGCAGGCCCUGAACGCACCUACACACCGUCAACAGAUUCAGACUGGUGUCCGUCAGUAUCUCCAUCGCAUGGUCGUCUGCAUGGAGAAGGAAAUCUUACCUUUCGUACCCAUUGUUAUGGAGAAUUUACUGAAGAAACCUGAUGCCAAAGAACUUCAUGAUUUCAUUCCUCUCAUGAACCAGCUGAUCAUGAAAUUUAAGAGGGACAUUGGCCCGUUCCUACAGAAAGUAUUCAUGCCUCUGGUACAGGCAAUCUACCACGCACUGACCAUACCCGCUGACGCUCUCGACCAGGAGACUGCUGAGGAAAGGAAGAUGUUACGCCGAAGCUACUUCCUGUUCCUAUCCACAUUGAUUUCAAACAACAGUGUUGAUGUACUAGGAAAUCAAGAUGUGCAGAAUUUACAUGAUGUAUUGGUGACCAUUGUCCAGGGAGCUGUUGAUCUGCCUGACCCACUGAGCCAGAAAAUGUGUUUCGGCAUAUUGAGGAAGUUAGUGGAAUGCUGGGGAGGCCAGGACACUAGUAUCCCAGGGUUCCUCGAGUUUAUCUACGAUAGCAUUUUACCUGCAUGUUUUAUGGCACCACUCAAGCCGACCUUUGACCUUAACGAUGGCCAAACAUCACUGGCUCUUGGUGAAUGUGCACAUUGUCUCAAAUCCAUCUCCGAAAAGAGGGGAGAGGAAUGUUUUAGUUAUUUACAACGAGAGUAUUUACCCAAACAUCAGAUGUCUCCAGAACAGACACAGGAGUUUUGUCAAGCAUUACAAUCAGAAAGCAAGUUAUUUAGGGCAUUUUUUAAGUCAUUUUUCCUGAAGGCAAAGUCAUGACCAAUGCUAAAAACCAAUUGUGGACUGACAUUAAAUACCAGACAAAGAUGGCUGACACAUGAGCCCUCAGAUGCUGGUUACUAAGCAACAAGACUGUGAUACUUUGUGUGUUAUUUUUGUCCGUUACGUGUAGCGGUCCGCUCCACAGAGUUGUGUUCACCCGGUUUAUCAUGGAUUGAGCUGGCCAACCCUGAAGUCACAGAUGAGACGGCCAAGACGGUCCGUCAUAAUUGUGGUCUUUUAUAUGUUUGACAGCUUGCAAUAUUCCCAGAUGUGUUCCAUGCUUUUUAAAAGCUUGAUUUUUACACUCCAGCACGAUUAAUGUGUAGCUGCUUGAUCUGUUUGUGUUUUAAUUGGGUCAGACAAAGGCUUGAAUUUCAUGUCUCAACAGUAGCAGGGUCCAAUAAAAGCUUGCUGUACUGGAAGGUACAGUUACACCCUAAAGCACUGUGAAGAUACUGAUGCACAUGUGUUGUUUUGAUCUUAAUCCAUACAAAACAAUUCUGUUCUACAAGACAGAAUUUUAAUACUUAAAAAAGGAAAUUAAAAUGCUGAUCUACAAAUGAUUGGACGAGCUUAUACUCCUAACGAGACGUGUGAUGUUGGGGAUGUAUUAUAAAACCCUGAUGUUGGUCAAAAAAGCUGGUCGUUCCUGAUUGGUUGUGUCUGUUGCUACAGUUAUUGCUGUAGAGAACUAACCAAAGAGUUUCUUCACUUUUGGAUUGCAAUCUGCAUGAAUGGAACACUGUUGCUUUUAUGAAAUUUACUUUUAUCACUUCCAUAUUUACUUUUUUUAAAUAUUCUCAUUUAAUGAUAAUUAAAUCAACACUCCAAAAAAGGAAAUUUUCACUCAUCUAAAAUUGUGAAACCUUCAAACGUGUCAUUUUUGAAAAAAUUGUGAUUGAUUUUCAGAAACAUCAAGCAAUGUAACAUCAUUGUUACUGAAUUAAUUUCACGAGUUCUGUUUUACAAACAAAUGAAAUAUGUUGAUUGUAAAUAGAGGAUACAGUUUUAAGUUAAAGCAAUAUGUACAUGUAUAGAUAUUUAUCAUUCCAAUGAGGAUAUUUACAACCAAGCAUAGGGCGUUAAAACUUUUUGGAAUUAAAUUGCAUUUAUAGGUAACUUCUUGUUUCAUGAAAUGUCGAGUGAUUUUUUACCAUGAUGUAUUUAGCUUAACACUGUACAACUGUCAAAAUGUCCAUUAUGUUUGUUGGGUUGUCACAAACAGUGGAAAUAUAUAAACUACAUAGUGGUAUGGUUUGCAAGUAGCCACUUCGGAUAAAAAUUCUGUUGCAUAAACCCAUAACCAGUCGACGGAUAUGACAAACAAUGGUGCAGGGUCUGGAUUGUUUCCCACAUGAUGGAUACUCAAGGAAUUCGAUGACAUUACAAAUAUAAGUGGAAUUCCUAAAAAGAAUACUAGUAUUUGUAUAUAUACUGAGUACAAAUGUUUAUGUUGGUAAGAUUGUAGUGUAUACUGUGAAUUUUCGGAAUGUUUUCAGUGCCUCUAGUCUUUUUUAUGUAAAUCAAAUUAAUAACAAAUGAAGUGCUCAGUCCUCUAUAUAAAACAGUGUUGGUGCAUAAUGUAACUGUUGAGUGUCUGAUUAAUGUAUGGAAGAUGGAGGAAAUGACGAGUAUAGGGUUACAGAGGAACUGAUGACUCCCCAGUGAAGUAGUUUUAUUUCAGUGGAUCUACAGACAGUAGUUUUGCAGGAGGCACUCCAGUGUUCAGGAGAACCAGCGGUGUGUUCUGUUAAAGAACAAUGUUAGGUCAUGUUUCCGUACUUCACUCGAACAAAUCAAUAUCUAAUGAUAUGUUAUUUUGAAAAUAGAAAAUUUGACUUUAUAAAUUUGUUUGACAAUUUAUAAAGAUAAUAUACUUGUCUAUAGUACUACUUGUAGUAAACAAAGUAUGUAUACUGUUAAAGUACAUUUUUUAGUGGUAUCCUAAUUUUAGAGCUUUUUCGUGCUUUAAAUAUUGUGCUAAAUUAUGACUGGACUUAUUUAAGUUUCUGUAUAUAGUAUAUAUAAAUGGAUAAUAAUUAAUUUUGAACCGCUUUUAGACAACCUAGGAUCUAGGUUGUGAUAAAGCAGUUUAUACGAACCUCAAAUUAUUAUUAUUAUUUUAGUUUCCUAUUACAUAUCGUGUUGGUGCAUCAAACUAUGAAUUCGCUAUCUCUAAAACUUUGCUAAAAUUCGAGGCUGCUCCAAUAGGUACUUCUGCAGUACUCGUACUGGAUCAUAAAACCCUGAAAAUUCUACGAUGUUUCAAAAAAUGUUUUUACUGCAUACACCCUUAAGUUUUUAGUUUUCAUGUUUUACUUGUGUUCACAUAGCAGGGAGAGAACUCUCUUUGUACAUUCUUUUGUUGAGUUAAUAUAUCAGGUUUUUGUUGAUUAACCUAUGAACCUGCAGGCUAAAUAUCAUCCAUUUCAAUUUGUUUUUCUUCACGGUUAUGUCAAGGUUUGACUUCGUGUAUAUGAUAUUUAGUUGAUAUUUUGUAUUUAUGCCAUAUUUGCAAUCUCGACUUGUGAUGAACAUAUAUCUUUAAAUCUAAAUUUGUUAAAAUGGUUUGAUCAUUUAAAGGGUUAACAUCCUUGUUCAAUAUUUCUCUAAACGAUCAAUUUCACAAGGAUGUAUUACUAGUGCAACAAAAUUGACCAAUUUUUAUCAAAAUGGAAACAAUACUAAGUUUGACCAAUUUUCAUAACAGAAUUCUGUAAGGCACUUUCACCUUCAAAUGUCUUGCUGUCUGAUAACAAUUGGCAAGUGAAACAAAGUUUUGUGUCAAAUUAUAAGAUCUACAAUGGAGAUGUGUGGUAGAAGUCACUUAUGAAUGAAAUGCUUAGUACUAUAACCAUAUUAUGAAUGAUAUUAGGGAUUUACCUAAUCUCUUUUAACUUCCCUGACCUUUAUACCUUGGACCUUUGAGCAUUUAGUCAGAUCCUUUUUAUUAUGAAUGAAGACGAGAAGUCAUGAGAGUAUAAGAUAAAUGUUUAUUAAUGAAUGAAAUGGCUAUGAAAUGUCUGCAUGAAUGAGCUAAUAUAUAAGUAAUGAAUAUGAAAAAAUGUGUCUGUUUCUAGGAGUACAGUAAAUGUAGCUGUUUCUAGGGUAUAAUGAAAAAGAUAAUUGAGAGUUGAGUAGGAAACACUAGUGAGCUGUUAAUGAAUUGUUAGUUGUUAGAGAACUAUGUCAGUUGUUAAUUGGUUGUGUCGGGGGGUGAACCUUCUACCUUAGAUGCACCACUUGUUGAUAUUUGUUUCAUAUAUUAUGUAAAACUUUAAAAGGUGUAUUUUUACAAGAUAUUGUGGGUAAUAUAAGCUAGCUAUGUUCAUUAUACACCAUAAUAUUAAGAUUUAAUGUGGAAUAGUUGUAUCAUCUUAGAUACUGCCUACUGUUGUAAAAGAGUGAAGUUAAUGUCAAGGGGUUUCUCAAUUUUGUAGAAGCUUCCAUUUAAACACAUGAGAUUCAUAUUGUUGGUCCAGACGUCACUUUUCAUAGUAAAUCUCAGCAGACCUGGAUCACUGAAAUUGUAGAAAGUAUUUGUAGUAGCUAUGUGCGGAGUGAGUGGCAAGACAGUAUAUCUCUUCUUUCAGUUCCUACCUCCUCGAAUGGAGAGUUGCAAGUGUUCCAUGUCAAAGUCCACCAAGGGCCUGUUCGUUUGUGCGGAACAACCGGUUUGUCCAUUUUUAAAUGUAACAAUUUCGCGUAUAAAUCCUGGUGGACCUGCAAAUGUUAAUG